GAUGGUCCACUGAUGAUUCACGUCAGACAUUUUACUUGUAUAUUUUGUUCUUGUUUUCACAACCAUGUCAAGAUACCACAAAGCAGCCAUUGAUGGUUAUUUGGAUCUUUUGAAAGAAGCCACCAGAAAGGAUCUGAACACCCCGGAUGAAGAUGGCAUGACGCCCACUCUCUGGGCGGCUUAUCACGGACAUAUUGAGGCUCUUCAGCUCAUAUGCAGUAGAGGGGGGGAUCCAGACAAGAGUGACAUCUGGGGGAACACACCCCUACAUCACGCCGCCGCCAACGGUCACAUGCAGAUCCUCAGCUUCCUGGUAAACUUCAGCGCUAACCUCUUCGCUUUGGACAAUGACUUCCACACACCAAUGGACGUUGCUGCCUCUCGAGACCACAUGGACUGUGUCCGCUUCCUAGAUGGUGCCGCGUCCAAACAGAUGAGCCAGAAUGCCAAAAAGGUAGCGCGUCUGAAGGAGCAGGCCACCAAAGAUGCCGAGCGCAGGGUGAAGCAGUGCGAACGUGUGAAGAAGAAACACCAGAACAAGAUGGAUAAGAUGUACCGCGGCUCGGUCUCUGAAGCCAGUUUAGCCUCUUCAACCACAGGUACCUUGAACAGCGUGAACAGAGAACAGUUCUCCAAACUCAUUGCGGCAGACACCGACGGCUCUGUCAGAGCAACGAUCAAGGGAACCCUCCAACGCAAGUUUGGGAAAAAAGACAAGGGGACCGUGAGCAGACAGGGGGACGACAAUGUGAUUUUCGUCAAACAGGACAGCGGCUCUAAGGCGAAGCCUGGUUUUGUUGACGUCUUCAAUGAGCAAGAUGAAAAUGAUGAGGAUGAAGAGGAAGGUUUUGAAAAUGAGGAAGAGGGGGCCAGUCAGUUCAAGUCUAUUUUCGAAAGGCCCGGUCUUGGGAAAAUGGUUUUCCGCAGGAACUUCUCCAGGGAAAUGGGCAUCGAACCUGAGGAUCUCCCUAGGGGCAAUACAGAAGACCUGGGCUUCCUCAUUCGCCAGGAGGUGUUCGAGUCUGUGGAGGAGGGGCUAGAGGGUUUUGAGGAGGAUUCAGAACUUCCUUGGAAUGAAGCAGAGAUCGGUCUGGAUGAGGAAGAGGAGACGUCGCAUUUGGAUUCGUUCUUGGCUUCUAUCUGUCUGAUGGACUUUGCUCCCGUGUUCAGUCGUGAGCAGCUGGAUCUCGACGCUCUCAUGCUCUGCUCAGAUGAUGAUCUUAAGAGCAUCCGCAUCCAACUUGGGCCACGCAAAAAGAUUUUGGAAGCAGUGGCUCGCAGGAAGGCGGUCCUAGAGAGUUCUGCUGUUGUGAAGGACACUUUCCUUUAAUAAAAACAUGUUGCAUGAUUUUCUGCGGUUCAUGUAACGUUUCUCUCUGAUUCCUUUACAGUUUGGUUGUCGUUGUCUCUGCUUAUACAGUAGGUGACUGUGAUUUAUUUAAUUGGCUUUACAAAA